UUCUAUAUUUAGUGAACAAAUAAUUUGUAGUGAAAUUAAAAUUGUUCUCUAAAAAACAGUAGGUAUACAAAUUUUUUGGCACAAUCGAAUUUACUUAUCUGAAUUGAUUCGUCAGCACAAAUGACCUCAAAAUCAAGAAAAGUAUUCAAUGGUGCCAAUAAAUGAUCAUAUAGGGUAUCGAUCCACAAUGUCUGACAUGUAAUUCCUCGUUAUAACAGCAAGGAUGUACUCUUCUUUAACACACGUGGACGCCGAUACUGGGAAAGCAAAAAUGGUAGACGUCGGAUGGAAGAAUGUGACCGAACGAACGGCAAAAGCAACAGGAAUGGUGAAAGUGGGACCAGUCAUUAGUAAAUUAAUCACGGAAAACAACAUGAAGAAAGGGGAUGUCUUAGCUGUUGCGCAGUUAGCCGGUAUUAUGGCUGCUAAACGCACAUCAGAGCUUAUACCAUUGUGUCACCCUUUACAAUUAAACUACAUCGACGUUCAAUUGCAAUUGAAUUCUGAAACUCAUACCGUUGAAAUUGUGUCCGAAGUUAGAUGUACAGGGAAGACAGGAGUUGAAAUGGAAGCAUUAACUGCUGUUAGCAUCGCUGCUCUUACGGUGUACGAUAUGUGUAAAUCAGUUUCCUCCCCAGGAAUUUUGCAAAUAUGCAAUGUAGAAUUAAUUUUUAAAACAGGAGGUACGAAACAAAAUUUCUCAAAGGAAGGGUCAAGUGCAAAAUUGUAAGACUGUUAUAAUGAUAAUAAUUCCUGUCGAAAAUUAAGAAUGUCAUGGAUAGAGUACGCAUUUCAAGAUAUACUUUGUUUUCACAUUAUUGUUGGUGUUGGUUCACGGUGAGAUUAUCGUGUUAAUUUUAUAAAGGUGCUGGUUGCCAUAAUAUUAAAAUGAACGAAUGAAACUAAAUGCAUUGCAAAAAAGUUAGACUAAGUAACAAAUACCCUAAUUCAAGUAACCGUUCGAUAUAUUGUUUUUAUACUUAAAGUCUGGUUGUUGAGUUUUAUUGUUACGACCUAUUGAAUCACUAAUAUAAUUGGAGACCAUUUAUAAUUUAUUAGCGAUUAAUAUUAUUAUGCUGGUAGCAAAUUGUAUAAAUAUAACUAUUUUUUAAAAUAUGUACAUGUAUAAAAUACAGUAUUUCAACUAUUUUCUGUA